CGGUGUUCUUUUCGGAGCGGAUAAAGACGUUGUCACAUCAUUGGUCGGAGCUCUACGUCAGUACGUAGAGUAUGACCUUAGUAGUGAGCGGCGCUGUUACGGACUGGAAUGGGAGCUGGCGAUUUUUCCCAUAUUUCGAUAGUUUAAUCCGUGAAUGGCGCCGAAACAGGACCCGAAACCUAAAUUUCAAGAAGGUGAAAGAGUGCUGUGUUUUCAUGGGCCAUUACUCUACGAAGCUAAGUGUGUUAAGAUAAAUAUCAAGGACAAACAAAUCAAGUACUUUAUUCAUUACAGCGGUUGGAACAAGAACUGGGACGAAUGGGUUCCUGAAAGCAGGGUGCUUAAGUAUGUGGACAGUAAUCUUCAGAAACAGAAAGAGCUUCAGAGGGCAAAUCAAGACCAUUAUGUUGAGGGAAGAAUGAGGGGUGCUGCGCCGAAUAAGAAAAUACCUGCUGCAUCGCAGAAAAACGAUGUGAAAACCAAAAAGAACAAACAGAAAACUCCUGGAGCAGGAGAAGGGACUAGUUCAGGAGGAGACCCAACUCAUCCUCCACGAAAGAAGAGAGCACGUGUUGACCCUACUGUGGAGAGCGAGGAAACCUUCAUAAAUCGUGUGGAAGUUAAAGUAAAAAUCCCGGAGGAGCUAAAACCAUGGCUUGUUGAUGACUGGGAUCUGAUUACACGGCAGAAACAGCUUUUCCACCUACCUGCCAAAAAGAAUGUUGAUACAGUGCUUGAAGAUUAUGCAAACUACAAGAAAUCAAGAGGAAACUCUGACAGCAAGGAGUUUGCUGUAAAUGAAGUAGUUGCUGGUAUCCGUGAAUAUUUUAAUGUCAUGCUUGGGACACAACUUCUUUACAAAUUUGAGAGGCCACAGUAUGCAGACAUCCUGGCCAACCACCCUGAUACAUCCAUGUCUCAGAUCUACGGCGCUCCUCACCUACUCCGACUUUUUGUGAGAAUAGGAGCCAUGCUGGCCUACACUCCCCUGGAUGAGAAGAGCCUGGCACUGCUGCUCAGUUAUCUACAAGACUUCCUAAAGUAUCUUGUAAAGAACUCUGCUUCGCUCUUCAAUGCAAGUGACUAUGAAGUUGCCCCCCCAGAGUACCACCGCAAAGCAGUUUAAGGAGUCUUUUUUUACUUUUGGAUCUGAAGUCUUUGGAAGCUGGACUUCAGAUGUGACAUUUUUACUUGUUGAAAGGAGGUGAUUUCACCACACACCUUUUUGUAAAAUCUGUUGAGUUAUAAAGGAAGACCCAGGUCAAGAUGUCAAAGUAGUCCCGGGACAGAUUGUUUUUCUUUCAUGUGGAAAGCUGCUGAGUACACACUUCCUAUAUUGGUAUGUUUUUGAGUACCACCAUCUAGUUUCUAUUAUGUAUAUUUUUUGUUCAGAGUCAUCUUCUCAAAGAUUUCAACAUGAUUAUCUUUGUUUCCUGUUUCGAUUCAGAAGCUGAUUCUCCUUUUCUAAUAAAAGUCUAUUUGUCUGGUUGUUGUCUCGAUUUUGAGGGUGACUAAAAAACGUUUAUUAGGAUCAGUUCAUGUCUUUAUGAACUGUUUAGUCUACUUUCUGGGUAGUUUCUGUUCC